AUGUGGACUGUGUGCGUGCCGGGCUGGAGCGCCAUCGCAGUAGCCGGUACUCUUCUUCUCUAUGGAACUCUGGAUAUAGCUUACUUCGCGCGUAUGUUUUAUACAAUGGCAAAAGCCAGGUACUUCAAGAAGAAGGCUUGUAUCUUGGACACGACUGAAGUUCACUGUUAUUGUCUUCUCACUGACAUAGACACGCUCCUCUACCACAUGAACAACGCGAGAUACGUCCGCGAACUGGACUUUGCAAGAGCUGACUUUUACGAGAGAACCGGUCUUUACUCCAACAUCAAGGCUGCUGGUGGAGGGAUACUGCAAGGGGCUUCAACCAUCAGAUAUAGGAGAUAUGUCAAACCGUUCACCAAAAUCAGGAUUACCUCUCGAGCAGUCUACUGGGACGAUAGAACCCUGUUCAUGGAACAUGAGUUUAUCGGUCCAGGCGGAUUCGUCCAUGCCGUGGCGCUGUGUCGCCAACGGGUCAUCGACACUUCAGUUGCUGCUAUUGCGGAGCUGUUGCUGCAGUUGCACUGUGGUGGCAAUUGCAAACCGUACCCACUGAAAAUGCCAGCUGAGUUGGAGCUUUGGGUGCAGAGCAACGAAUUAAGUUCAGCAAAACUUAGGCCGCAAGCAGCUACCCUGCCAGCAAUUGAACGCGGUGACUGUAUGGCUGGUGGCGAGAUGGCUGCGGACAAUGAAUGA